GUCAGUCUGUAGUGGAAACAAGUUCACAAAUGCAGAAAAUAAAUAAAAACAAUGUUGUGCUAGAAGGCGGUGGCCAAUUUGAAGAAGGACAGGCCUAUGUGAUUCGUGAUCGUUACGGUAAUGCACGAACAAUGCUGUGGCAAAUGGAGAAUUCCAUCCUUUUGAUAAGGACAAGGGAACUUUGGAUUCUAGUCAAAGAGGCAGGGGUGCUAGAGGUGGCCGCGGCAGGGGUCGAGGUAGAGGUCAAGGGCAAUGUUAUGGAAACGCCACAGGCGUGUCACAUGUCACCAAAUGUCAGAGGAUCUUCACCAAUGAUUAAUAACGGGGUUAGACAAACAAAAUUUAAUACACCAGUUCCGACUUGUCGACCACAGUUGAAUUACAUGCGACAAACUUUGAUGCAACAGGUUGGUCAUCCAAGUAACCAACAAUUGCGUCAAUUAUCAUCCCAGGGACACGUCAUACAUACCUCACCCGGCACACCCAAUGUGCCAAUUAUCAGUGUCGUGACAUCACCUGGCCUACAAGGACAGGUUGUUCAACAACGACCAAAGCUGCCUCUGCAGAAUUUAAUGCCAGCGGCACAGAUCAAGUCCAAGCCUACAGACGAGGCAUCGUCAGAGUCAGAUGCUGGUGGGACAGACCAAGGAGACCAGAAGGGGAAUGAUGCAAGCUCUGAUAAAGAACAUGUAUUAGAUCCCCCUAAUGUACCUAAAGAUCCAAGUGCUUACGCUGUAUGUCAGUAUUGUGGAACUACUAGUAUGGAUAAAUUUAAAUGUGAAAGUUGUAAACGGAUGUUCACUAGUGCUACUAGAUAUGUGAUCCCUAAUAAGUCCGGGGAUGGGAAUCCGGAAACAAAACGUAGAAAACUUAACCCUGAAACUCUUACUGUUAGUUCAACUAUUACAACAUUAGAUAAAAAUUCUUUUUAUUCGAAAAAGUUCCAAGAACAAAAUGAGAUAUAUGUGAAAGUGAUAAAUGCUGCGAACAAUACUGUGUCAGGGUCUGUUGGAAAACAUCAGCCUCGUAUAAUCAGACAAACUUACGGGAGAGGGAAGAGAGGUCGUGGGCGGGGUCGAGGAAUGUUUGUACCAGAAACUGUAACAAUAUCAUCUGAUGAGGAAGAAAGUAACGAAAUGAAUAAGUCACAAUCUCAGUCGAUGUCGGCCCCAGCCACGCCAGCAUCGGUACCCAGUAGAUCUCCUAGUCAUGCUGGGGACCAACCUGAAUGUCCCGAAUCUCCAUUAAUACCUACUGUACCUAUAACAUUGAAGAAAGGAGAAAAAGCCAGGGUAAAAAUGAUGGAGGAUGCUGAGGGUGCACCUGGUGCAGUGUGUGAGAAGUCUCCAUCACCUAUCGAGCUUACAUUAAACGCCAGGACUGUACGGGUGGGCACAUUCAGGGGGGCACCUGUAGAGCCUAUACUUAUCUCAAACUCUGGGCUUAACUUUUUUAUUGAAGGUGUUACUGGUACGCACAGAUUUCACAUUUACCCACAAGAAAUUCAGCAGUGCUUGACCAAGUUUGAAGGCGAGACUAACUUGAUAUUUUUUCUUACAACACAAAGUUGUGCAGUAAGAACAAGAAAAGAUUUAGGAAUGGUUGUAAACGCUGACCCCAGUAAACCCCCUCCUGAACACUAUUAUGAUCCUUUAGGAACAGAUACUCGGCAUCAAGAUGAUAACUAUAGUGAUGGACCAGUUACCCGUGGAAACAAGACUUGAUUCCAGAAGUAUAUGGAAUUA